AUGAUUCAAAACAACUAAGAUUUAACUUAAGCUAAAUAAAAAGUCACUAACAAGUAUAUUUAAUAUAAUAUAGAAGCUUGUAUAUAAACCCCAUUUUUGAAUAAAAUUAGUUUCCAAACUAGUAAUUUGAGAUCUCAGAUUUAGAUAUUCGAUAAGUUGAUUAAACAGAAACUCAAGCAGAAUAAUCAAUUAUAUUAGUUGAUAAAUCAUAAUAAGUUGAUCCAAACUAUUUAGAAAUUAUCUAUAAAAAAGGUUAAUUGAUAUUAAUAUUUUAAGCUAAUGCCGUAAUCAAAUAGAAUAAGUUUGAAGAUGCAAAAUAAAUAUACUAAGAUAUAUCCAAAAUUAAUCCAAAUCAUGAUAUAUCAUGCUAAAAAAUAUGUAUCAAAAAUGAUUAAAUAAUUUAGCUGAUUUAUUAAGUGACCAAUAAACUUAUAAAGAAGCAAAUGGAUAUUAUAACUAAUGCAGUUCAAUAAAUUCAGAUGCUUACUUUGGAAGAGGUUUAAUUUUUUAAUAUUUAAUAAGAUGAAUGUCUAAAUGAGACAAACAAAUUUGAUGAAGCAUAAUAAUAUUAUAUCAAAGCUAUUGAAAUUAAUUCAUCUAAUCUUUAAAAUUAUUUUGCUUAUGGUAAAAUAUAUUUAUUACUAUAUUAAUUAGGAAAUUGCUUAAGAAUUAAAAAAAAAUAUCAGGAGGCCAUAAAUGUUUAUGAUUAAUGUUUAAUAAUAGAUGCUAAUCAUGCCGAUGCAUUUGCAGCAAAAGGUUUCAAAAGUAUUAUAUUUUUUUUAGGAAUAUGUCUAAUCUUGAUAGAUCAGAUAGACGAGGCUUUACAUAAUAUUGAAUAAUCAAUAACUUUAAAAAAUGAUUCUAAUUUAGGAUUACAUGGACUUGGUACCAAUUGGAAUAAAUUUAGGGUUAUAUUUAUACACAAUUGGGGAUUACUUAAAUGCAUUAGAGUACUUUGAUAAAGCUUUGGCUAUCAAUCCAUUAUCUGUAGAUACCUUACAUUACAAAGGUAUAUUUAAUUGAAAAUUUAAGGUUAAUGCUUAUAUUAGAUAGAUCAAUUUGAAUAGGCUAUUCAAUGGUUUGACAAAGCAUUGGCCAUCAAUCCAUAAUCUUUGGAUACUUUACAAUAUAAAGGUACAUUUAAUUUAAAUAUUUUAAGGUGCAUGCUUAAGAGAAAUGGGUAAAUAUGGAUUGGCUAUAGAAUGGUAUGAUAAAUCAUUGAUUAUUAACCCACAAAAUUUCUUAUCUUUACAUGACAAAGGUAAAAGUAAUUUAAAUAUUUUAAGGCGCAUGCUUAUAUUAUAUGGGUCAAUAUGAAUAGGCUAUUGAGUGGUGUGACAAAGCAUUGGCCAUCAAUCCACAAUUCAUAGAUACCUUACAAUUCAAAGGUAAAUAUAAUUGAAAAAAUUAAGGUUAAUGCUUAUAUUGGAUGGAUCAAUUUGAAUAGGCUAUUCAAUGGUAUGACAAAGCAUUGACUAUCAAUCCACAAUAUUUUUUAUCUUUACAUGGCAAAGGUAAAUUUAAUUUGAAUAUUUAAAGGUUCAUGCUUAAGAGAAAUGGGAAAAUUUCAAUAGGCUAUUGAAUGGUAUGACAAAGCAUUGGCAGUCGAUUCUUAAUCUGAAAUUUGUCUACAUGACAAAGGUAUAUGUAAUUAUACAAUUUAAAGGUGCCUGCUUAUAUUCAAUCGGUAAAUAUGAAUAGGCUAUAUAAUGGUAUGACAAAGCAUUGGCCAUCAAUCCAUAAUCAGAAAUUUGCUUACAUAACAAAGGUAAAUAUAAUUGAAAUAUUUUAAGGUGCAUGUUUAAAAGAAAUGGGUCAAUAUGAAUAGGCCAUUUAAUGGUAUGAAAAAGCACUGGCAAUCAAUUCAUAAUCUGUUGAUACCUUAAAAUAAAAAGGUAAAUUCAAAUAAAUAUUCUAUAGGUUAUUGCCUAUAAAAUCUUAAUCAAUGA